AUGAGCGAGCGCCCGGACGUGACAAUAAUGGAGCUUGCCCCGCUCGAGGAUCUUCCCUAUGCGUGGCCAUCCGACUACACGCGCGUCUGCGUCAAGGUCGAUACUAGAACCAUGACCGUGUAUGGUGACGACUCCUACCCGUAUCCACAAGCUGGCUAA